AUGUAUGCAGGCCUGUACUGUGGCUUGGUCAAUGAACCAAAGGCUCCGGCUUUUCAUCUUCCCUCACGCUUGGCCGACCUUCAAUCGAUCCCAAAAUUCAUGGCCAAACCAUUGUCAAACUACAAUAUAUUCACGGAGGAUAGUAACCGAGUCGAAGCAUACGCCGCCCCCAGAGACUUGCUUGAAUGCCCUAAACUUGUUUCCACCAAGAGUAGAAAUGCUUCCGGUCAACCUCAGGCGAAAGUGUCUAUACAAUGCGGAGUCGAGGCUUGCACCGCCGCUAGAGACUUGUCCGAACGAUUUUGA